AUGACCAAUAUCGAAUUUUCAAUCACUGGCCCAGACACGGCUAUCGGAACGUCCUAUCUUUGGUUUGCAGCGACGCCGGAUGUCAGCAAACCAGAAAUUCACUAUGCCUUUGGCGGCCCCUACACAUUCGACUUCAAGCGGACCUCUGAAGGGUGGAGAAUCUCUAGAAUGCGCUUAAGGAAAAUAUGGGCACAGGGUGAGGACACCGAAAAAGCUUUUGGAGCAGGUUCUUGA